UCGGUCGAAGUCGGCUUACUCGUCGGCUGGAUGCUGCAGAUCAGGAGGGGUUAAAGACAAAAAGAGAAAAAAAAAACAAGAAGAAAAAUAAAACAGGCAAUAAAAAGAACACAACAGUACACUCAAUGAACUGAACUAACUCAAGUGACAUUUGUGGAUUUUCUAUGUGUGCCUGAGUCAAGGACUUUUCGAAACUGACCAGCACAGUAGGACCGCACAGUUGCCAGAACUUUGAAACUUAAUCCGUGCUAAAAAGUGUCUCGAGUGGAUAGGACAAGUGAUUCAUUAAAUUAUUAACUGAUAUUGAUCGAGAAUUGAAAAAAUGUCUCGGCCCGCUGAUAGGCAGAGUUAUGCACAAACAUACAAAUUAGUUGUUGUAGGCGGUGGAGGUGUUGGAAAAUCUGCCAUUACCAUUCAGUUCAUUCAGAGCUAUUUUGUCACGGAUUAUGAUCCGACAAUCGAGGAUUCAUACACGAAGCAGUGCGUCAUUGACGAAGUGCCUGCGAAGCUCGACAUUUUAGAUACCGCAGGCCAGGAGGAAUUUAGUGCCAUGCGUGAACAGUACAUGAGAAGUGGUGAAGGUUUCUUGCUGGUAUUUUCAGUAACAGAUCACUCAUCCUUCGACGAAAUAAUGAAAUUUCACAAACAAAUUCUCAGGGUCAAGGAUCGCGAUGAGUUUCCCAUGUUGAUGGUGGGAAAUAAAUGUGAUCUUGACCACCAAAGAUCCGUCGCAGUUGAUGAGGCACAAAACUUGGCUCGAAUUUUGAAGAUUCCCUACAUCGAGUGUAGUGCCAAAUUACGCAUGAAUGUUGAUCAAGCUUUCCACGAGCUUGUGAGAAUUGUUCGGAAAUUUCAGCUCUCAGAGAGGCCGCCAUUGAAGCCGAAUUACAAGAAGAAUAAGAAAAAAUGUUGUAUGUUAUAGAUUUACAGCGAGAGAACCGAGGGUGGAAAUCAAAAUUCUAAUCUGAAGCAAUCUGGAAAAAUAUUCUCCGGAGUUAUUUACCACAAGUGAAUAGACUUCACAGAACAGCAAUAUUACUCUAUUCAAUUUUUUGUUUUUUUUUUUUUUUUUUUUCAUUAUAGGAGGCGGGGUAAUAUGGCCACAUUUUUUUUAUUUAAAUUGGUGUAGUGGUAAUUAAAACUAUUAAAUGUCUUUUUUGGAGCACAGAGUAAUUAUCGAAAGCAAUAAAUGCAAAUGUUAAAAGUAAUUUUAAUAUUAUCAAAGUAAAUGUAAAAUAAUUGGCUUCGAAAAGAAAUCAAUUUUUUAAAUUGUUCAACAACGUAAUAAAUUUAACAUGAAUAACACUGUUGGAACAUAAAAGCUGAUAGAGUUUUUAAAGCCCAUUUGAAGAUGUAUAUAAUCAUUAAUGAGAGUGUUUUUGUUUCUUAUUUAUGUUCUUAUUUUUGGGAGAAUCGCACAUGUCCGUCUAUCAAUCCACUGAUUGUCAGAUACUUUCAUUUAUCUAUUAAUUGUUGUUGAAGAAUAGAUUUUUUUUUAAUUGAAAAAUUUCAAUCGGGGUCCAUAUUAUCCCAGCAUUCCUGAGUCCUUUCCUCGCUCUAUAUUUAGGAUUUUUCCAUUAUUGAAGAUUUACCAAAUUUAUGGAGAUAUUUCAUACGAUUUAGGCUCGAUGUUUCAUAUCAUUAGAAGCACAGAAUUACACCGAUUAGGAUAAAAUAGAAGACGAUUCUACCCUUUUUUUCAGUAAACGAUAUUUUUAUAUAUCAUAUUGAUAUGUAUAAAUAUUUGCAAGAAGCGUGGAAAUCAACUGGCGUACCUGCCUAUUUAUUUGUCAUUGGUAAAGGGGGAAAUUACACUGCCUAAUUGGAAUACAAUGGAUUUCAGAAGAUAUUAUCUUUUACUAGACAUAAUCCAAUGCGGAGAUUAGCAAAUCAUAUAAAUGUGAAUCUGUCAAUGUUUUAAAUUGUCGAAUUUGCUGAUGAAUUAAUGUUGAAGCGUACAAACUAACACUGUUUAAUCAUUACAUUCAAUGUAUAAUUUUUUAUAAGUUUAGUUCGAUCAUUUGUGUCAAUUUAUACGUUAUAAUUCCAAUGUUUUUACUAAAUGGAGGAGUAAUUUACAUAUGACAAAGGAUGCGUACAGUAGGUGGCAGUAUUCAGUGGUAGAAAAAGUGACGGGCCUACUUAUGUAUUUUACGGUACUCUGUAAAUAGCUAGAUUUACAAAUUUCAAAUCAUUUUAAUACGAUAUUUAUUGCUACAAAUUUUUACCACCCGUUUCGUAUGGACAAAAAGGCAACAGACUGGGAAAUAUUACCAUCAUACCACUGUAUUUAUCAUGUACCGUGCCGGAGGUCAAUGGAUUUAUGAAUAUAAAUUUUCACAGUUUGGACAAUAAUAAUAUGAUGAAAUGAAGAGAAUUAAAUAAAUGUACUAAAUACAAA